AUGCACAGUGGUGGUGGGGGGGGUAAAGGGGAGGAGGGGCAGAAAGGGGCGAGGAGGGGCAGAAAGGGGCGAGGAGGGGCAAAAAGGGGCGAGGAGGGGCAGAAAGGGGCGAGGGGGGGCAGAAAGGGGCGAGGAGGGGCAGAAAGGGGCGAGGAGGGGCAGAAAGGGGCGAGGAGGGGCAGAAAGGGGCGAGGAGGGGCAGAAAGGGGCAAGGGGGGGCAGAAAGGGGCGAGGAGGGGCAGAAAAGGGCGAGGAGGGGCAGAAAAGGGCGAGGAGGGGCAGAAAGGGGCGAAGUAA